AUGACAUCAACAGGUGUUCUGCAGCCCAUCCCUGAGAACCGAGACCCAGUGGAACAGAGCCCGAGACCACCAUCACCUGAGAGGGCCUUCAUCAACCUGCAGCCACACACACAGGUAGGACUCUAGUCCUGCAGCAUGACAUACUAGUUUGUGUGUGUGUGUGUUUCACUGUGUUCGUCAACUAUAAUGUGGCUAUAACUAUUUGCAUAAUACCAUAGGAAUGUGUAUGAUUGAGUCUUUUUUUAUUCUUAUGUUAUAUCUGAAAAAUCUCAAAUGCUCUCUCUCGAUUAGCUUGACCAACAAGGAGCGUUAUCCCACUCUGAAGAGAUGAGAGAGAAAACCAACCCACUCUCUGGGAUCCAUGACCUGGUAAGUGACCUGUGUUUUCACUGUAACUUUUUGUCUUAGAAGUGACGUAGAACAGGGGUAGACAACCAAAUUAAGCCGCAGGCUGAUUUUGGUCGGAGAAGAUGGCCGGGGGUCCUCAACAUAAUUAUAAUAUAAUUUGUACACUGCAAACUGACCACAACUAAACCCAACAAGCGAUUGUAUUUGAAAAUAACAGUAAUUUCAUACUUUGAUUACAUUGAGACACGAUCAAGUCUCUUAUUUUAUUCGUGGGAAUACUUGGGAACAAAUUCCCUGAAUUAAACUCAUUUUUAGCUGAAUUCCUGAUGAUUUUACAGUAUUUUUUGAGCAAAAACUAAACUACCUGUUGCCGACCCCUGUCGUAGAAGGAGUCAAAGAUGAACACAGGUUGUGUGUGUGUGUGUGAAUGAUGCAGACAGUCCUCCUGUGUGAGGAGAAGGAGAAAGAGAAGGCCCUGUUUGUUAAAGCCAGAGAGAGGACCAUGAGAUACUUGAAAGAGGAUCUGGCUUACUACCAUGAGAAGGUCACCAAAGACCUGGGAUCCCUAGGCCAGACCCUGGACAGAGCUCUGGGGCUGAAUCAGAGCGAAGAGGAAGCUAAGCUGGAGGAAAGGAUGGUUAGGAGGUUUGGGAAGGGUGAGAGAUUGAUGAGGCCAGUGCUAGAGGUUGCAGGAAGAAGAGACAGACAAAUAUCAAGACACCCGAAUGUAAAGAUGGUAAUGAAUGGGAGAAGAGCCGGCCAACUAGUGAAGGUGGCAAAAGAGGAAGAGAGUAUAAGAGGUCAAAGAGCGAAGCCAGUGAACAUUUUCAAGGAAAUCGUUGCAGAGUUCAUGGACAAGGUCCAAAAUGAGUUUGAGGAUUUUAAUAAACUCCAAGACAUCGACAUGUGUCACAUGGUCAGAAAGCAGAUCAAGCAAGACCAGAUGAUGUUGGAUGCUUGGAAGCUCCAGCAGGAGUUAGUCGUGGGCUCUUUCAGAAACUACUGGAGAGAACUGGAGGAGGGCAUUGGACCCAUGCUAGACAGAGUGCAGAAAAUAGCCGCUGUGGAAGUUGAGGUAAGAACACCACACACCACAGCAUGCUGUAAGUCAGCUGGUAUAAUGGUGGAAACAGGGAGGGAAGAAUAGCAUUCAGGUUUCUUUACAACUCACAUUGUGCACUAUAAUAGCCUUCAUUAUUGCGUCAUUAUUUUGGAUUGGGUUAACUCACGUUUGAGGCCUGUUAGUUUUUUAUAUAAAUGCAUUGUGCAGGUUAUGUUUAGCCCAGCCAGGUCACCCAUUAUACAAGUCAGUAUUCAACGUCCAUCCAUGUCUGAGGACAUCAGGAGAUAACGUUGAAACCGGCCACUAGUGGCAACAGUGAGCACUGUUCCCUUCAAGUAGGUUUCGAUUUUGCUACAGCAUUGUGGACAGGGAUGGUGGAUAGGCGUAAGCAUCUGAUUCCAAAGGUUGCAGGUUCAAAUACAGUGGUAGAAAGUUGUUUUUGAUAUUUUUGUUUUAAGCCUAUCCCAAACCAUACCCUUACCUUAACCAUUCGGAGUUAAUAUCUAACUUUAAGAAUUUGGAGUUAAUGCCUGAACUUAACCCUAACUUAAAAAUUCUGAGUUAAUGCCUAAACUUAACCAAAACACUUAGAAAUGUGACAUUUGGAACAACUUUGAAAUUUGACGUUUGAGAAACAUGGAUGAACGUCUAAUUCUGACAUGAGUGUGAGAGCUCGUAGGUUUAGCCACACGAUCUAACCCUGCACCUCUGUCUCUCAUGCAGAAUGACUUCGCUACUCUUGAGUCAGUGGUAGGUUGUUUACUGGAUUAAUUCAGUAUUUCUACAGACAUAUAUUCAUUACUGAUUAAUUACUGCAGCUACAAUAUUCUCCCAGUAUGUAAGACUUUUUGAUACACGUAUUCCCACUGGGCACACACUGGUUGAAUCAACGUUGUUUCCAUGUCAUUUCAAUGAAAUGACGUUGAACCAACGUUGAAUAGUUGUUGAAUUGACGUCUGUGCCCAGUGGGCUGUAUCUUUUCACUGUGAUCUUGUGAUUAAUCAUGUUAACUAAUCUUGUACCGCUAAUCUUCCCAUCAAGAGUCAGAACUACAGGUCAUCUACUCCAGUGACUAUGACCUCCUUGACCUCUGUCUCUUUGACCACUGCUCCACUGACCGCUUCUCCACUGACCGCUACCCUCCAGACCACUGCCACUCCCCCCCUCUUCCUCCCUGUUCGCAUCCCUCCCUCUAACCUCCAGACCACCGCCGCUCCACCCCUCCCUCGCCCCCACCGCCUGCCCCCACUGAAGGUUCCACCGCCGACCCUGGCAUGGCCACAGACCACCCAUCUACCACCCAUCUCCACCCAGACUGAGGGAGGACAGACAGGCAACACUGACAGGACUGGAACACCUGUACUGGUAAGAAGACUGAUAAGAACCAGGCUCCCUCUCUCUCUUUCAGUCAGAUCCACACACAUGGUGCCACAUAGAGGAAAGCUAGUGUAGAUCUGUAAGAUUAUAGCUGUGCUGGAAAGAUGUUUAAAUGUUGUAUUAUGUUUCUCAGACUCUGGACACUAAUGGAGAUCAGACAAGAGAAACCAAUGAGAUUGAUUAUGAUGAGGUAGAGGAGAUUAGCAUCCUGCCUGAUGAGGAAAGGUUCCAAGUAAAGCAAGUGGAGAAGGAAGAAGUGAAGGAGAAGAAGGAACAGGAGAAUGAGACAGGGGGGGCCAAGAAAUGUCGCAAGACCAUCAAGAAGAGGUGAGUUUUAAGUAGACAGAAGAUAAUUAAAUAGUGGAGAGAGGGAAAAGCUAGCAGACAGAUGGACACAUAAAAGGAGAUAGUAAAGGACCAUGAGUCACAAUUUUGAAGUGUUGCAGUAGUGUCCAUAUUGUUCCAUUCUUGUCAUUGGUUACUACCUCCCUCGCAGGUUUAUCAGAUGGCUGAGGAAGAUGUGCUGCUGUGGAGGCUGCUUUCAGAAAUGCUGA